GGCGUCUGGCUGUGCAGGGUGACGGCCCAUGAUGUUCUUUCCGGUCCCAGCAUGUGGUGAAUUUCCACCUGCCCGCCCCUCGCUUAUAAUGCAGAACACGUGAAGGCAGCGCAGUCUGUCUCCUGCCAGCGGAUUAACGGGUGUCGCACUGCCUCUCCUGGUCCCCAAGGUCCCCACAGCUCCCCGGACGGACGUAGCGGAGCUCUGGCUGGGAUUCCCCUCCACCCCCAGGGCAGAGCGAGGCCGCACGGGAGGCGACUUCAUCAGGACAGUCGGCCAAACUUCUGAUGAAGCUGACAAGCAGCUGCAAUGCUUCGAAAACACUAAAUGUCAAUAAUAUGGAGACAUUAAUUGAAUGUCAAUCAGAGGGUGAUAUCAAGCAACAUCCUCUGUUGGCAUCAUGUGAGAGUGAAGAUAGCAUUUGCCAGCUAAUUGAAAUUAAGAAGAGAAAGAAGGUGCUGUCCUGGCCCUUUCCCAUGAGAAGGCUUUCUCCUCCAUCAGAUUUUUCUGGGGCUUCAGAGCCAGAAUUGAAAGCGUCCUUGUUUGAUCAGCCCUUGUCGAUUAUCUGUGGUGACGAUGACACCCUCCCCAGACCCAUCCAGGACAUCCUCACUGUUCUGUGCCUGAAAGGCCCUUCCACUGAAGGGAUAUUUAGGAAAGCAGCCAACGAGAAAGCCCGCAAAGAGCUCAAGGAGGAGCUCAACUCGGGAGUCAUGGUGGAUCUGAAAAGUCUCCCCGUGCACCUCCUGGCGGUGGUCUUUAAGGACUUCCUCCGAAGUAUCCCCCGGAAGCUGCUCUCCUGUGACCUGUUUGAGGACUGGAUGGGUGCCCUGGAGAGACAGAAUGAGGAGGACAGGAUCGAGGCCCUGAAACAGGUCGCAGAGAAACUGCCGCGGCCCAACCUGCUGCUGCUCAAGCACCUGCUCUCCGUGCUCUACCUGGUCAGCAAGAACGCCGAGGUCAGCAAGAUGGACGCCAGCAACCUCGCCAUCUGCGUGGGGCCCAACAUGCUGACCCGGGAGAAUGACCAGAACCUCUCAUUGGAAGCCCAGAAAGACUUGAACAAUCAGGUGAAGACUUUGGUGGAAUUCCUCAUCGACAACUGCUUGGAAAUCUUCGGGGAGAACAUUCCAGUGCAUUCCAGUUCUAUCUCCGAUGACUCUCUGGAGCACACGGACGGCUCAGACGCGUCGACCCUGCAGAAUGACUCGGCCUAUGACAGCAACGACCCUGACGGGGACUGCGGCAGCGCCCUCGGCUCCCCGGCCAGGCUGCCCCCGGGGCCCUGGGACACAGCUGCCCGCGUGGAGCCCGUGGCCAGCACUGUGGCCAGGCUGAAACGCUCCCUCGGCGACCCAGACAGGAGGCACUCGGAGCCCAGCGUGUCGCCCUCACCAGAGCGCCUGGGGAGCCGGCAAGCUAACCCAAAACUGACACGCAGCGAGGACGCUCCCGCGGCCCGGCCGGCCUCCGGCUCGGGAAGUGAGGAGGCCGAGGACCCCUUCCCAGAGGAGGUGUUUCCCGCGGUGGAAGGUGGGAGCCAGAGGCCGCAGGACCUGUGGGGGCAGAGCUCCACGCAGGGCGCAGUGUCCCCGCAGGGACGGGCGCCCACGGCCUGCUCCAGCGGCUCCCUGGAUGCCUCCUCUGACAGCUCGCCCCCGGCUUCCCCCUCCAGCCCCAGGAGAAACUUCUUCAGCAGACAUCAGUCUUUUACGAAGACAGAUAAAAGUAAGCCCAACAGAGAAAUAAAAAAACACUCCAUGUCCUUCUCCUUCGCCUCGCACAAAAGGACGCUGCCCAAGCCCCCCAGCCUGUCGGUGAGAGCCAAAGGCCUGGCCAGAGACCCCGGCAGGAAGGACUUCAGAAGGGAGAGCCAGCUCGCCGGGCGAAUCGUCCAGGAGAACUUGUCUGAAACCCACAGUCAAGCAGCUCUGGACUUCAGCCCAAGAUCCUGUGCCCUGUCUGGGGAGGACGUGUUCCGGCUGGUGGACAGGACGAGGCCCGGCAGCCCCCCCUCCUACGAAGAGGCCGUGCGGGGCCAGGCCCCGGCGCUCGCUGCCCAUGGGAGCCAGACGGUUGGCAGCCUGCGGGCCAGGAUGCUCAGCCUGGACUCGGGGCUGGCGCCUCGCCUGCCCGGGCACCACGGAGGGGACUCGGGGAACACAUGCGGCCAAGAGCCACUCGACGGGCACAGGCUCUCGCCCAGGACUGCGAGCUGGAGCCGGAGCAGGACUGGCUGUGCUUCUGUGGAGACGGUCGGACAAGUGGCCGUCAUGGGGAGGCCCGAGCUGCACCGGCUCAGAGCUGUGUCCGAGUCCACGCAGCGGAGCCCGUGGGACUGCCUGGCGGGGCGCUGCUGCCAGCCGGCCUUCGAGGCUGAGCAGCUCCUCUACGCCAAGGAGUCCUACAUCUAGGAGGCGCCAGGCGUGGCAGAUGCGGUGGUCGCGUGAACUGCUUCCAGACUGUUUUCUAGAAGUCAGAAUAAGCUCCUUCGAGAGUCGUGUAGCCCUCAGCGAGGACAGCUGCACGGCCCUCGGUGCUGGCUGCGUGCACCUAUCCGUGCACACACAGCUCACGUAUAGUGUGUUCCAGACAAGGCGUCGGGUGCAAAGAUGUCCACAUAAACACGUGUCUGUUUGUUUGUGAACUUGGGGUACACUGCCCUGCUCUUCUCCACCUCCUGGGGCACUUUCUACUGGCUGGUGUUUAAAACUAUUGUUUUCUUUUGUUUAUGUUGCUUCUAAUGUCAUGCCAGUUUCAUAGUUUCCACGAGCUCCGUUUAAGGGGAUGUCUAACUCCGUCAGCAGCUCUCUAAGCAGCAGGGGGGCGGCAGACUGACCCGCAGGGGCCCCUGUGGGGUGUCAGGGCACCACGAACGCCGGGGAAAGAGAAGGCCGUCGUGAAAAUACUUCCAUGUGUCCUUCUAAUCACCUGCCUUCUAACUGGGAUCGAUGGGUGAAAACGCAUUCCAUCGAUAGCACUUUGAGUUACCUUGCGGUUCAGGGGUGUCUCCCUAGGCGCGCGGAGGCUGUUACUUUAUAUGCGUCAGGUCGCAUAGAAACUUCAGUGUAAUCUCACUACAAUAAAUGCCUGCCUUUUCCAAAG